CCUUCGUUCACAACAAGCCCAAUCGAUUGAUCAAGGCUCCCCAGCAACCGUCUCUUAGCAACCGCCCGCUCCUUCAUUUCCAUUCCCGUUCGGAACCAUCACAACCCUCAUGAACCGACCAACUUGAAGGAUUGCUAAGAAUUCCUCUCGAAAGAGUGUCAUGGAAUUACUCCUUGUCAUCAUCUACCUGAGUGUCUCGGCGCUGGGACAGGAAGAUAGCGACUAUCCAGUGGUCACUACGAAGAGCGGCCGCAUCCGUGGGAAAAUCCUCAAGCUAACCAGCGGUAAAGAGGUGGCAGCUUUCUUAGGAAUAUUUUAUGCCGAACCGCCCGUUGGAGAAUUGAGGUUCAAGGCUCCUGUGCCGAAAGUGCCUUGGGAUGACAUUUACAAUGCCACUUCCUUUGGGCCUCUCUGUGCGCAGAGCAAGAAUAGAUCUCACUGGGAUAUAGAGACAGAAGCCAGUGGCAAAAAAAUACUCCGUAGACUGGGAUUAUGGGAUUACAUGCAAGGAGAAGACUGUCUGAACCUCAACGUUUAUGUACCGGCAGAGGCCUUGCCAAACAAAAGCGUCAACUCAAAGCCUCUAUCAGUUAUGUUUUUCAUACAUGGUGGAUCCUAUAAGACCAAUGGUGGACGAUUCUAUCCUGGAGAAUGGCUAGCAGCUGCUGGACAAGUUAUCGUUAUUACUAUUAAUUACAGACUAGGAGUUUUGGGUUUUUUGAGUACUGAAGAUGACACUGCAAAAGGAAACUAUGGACUUUUAGACCAAAUAUUAGCUUUGAAAUGGGUCAAAGACAACAUUGCUGCUUUUGGAGGCAACUCCUCUGAUGUCACGAUUUUUGGAAAUAGUGCUGGAGGUGCAUGUGUUGGACUACAUCUAAUCUCUCCAAUGUCCAGAGGUUUGUUUUCAAAGGCCAUAGCCCAGAGCGGAAGUCCGAUUGGAGAAUGGGCUGUACAACGGCGACCGCGCAUGUACGUGGAAAGGCUUGCCAAGAAAUUAAAAUGUCCAGAUGUGAAUGACAGUGCAACGAUUCUUCAGUGUUUGCGAAAAAUUGACCCAGAGCAAAUCAUAGAUAAAAGCGAAGAUGCCAAAUUAUUUUUAAGCGUGACGUGGCCUUCCUUCCAGAAGACUCUGGAGGAUUCUCUGAUGCUCCAGUUUGCUCCGGUGGCGGACGGCGAAUUCCUGCUCAAGUACCCCACGACCAUGCUGCAACAGGAAGGCUCGCUGAGUCCUGUACCCGUCAUGGUGGGCGUGACAAGGGAUGAGCUCGAAGUAUGGAUGACAAAGUCCUACCAGGAUAAGGACCCCUCAUCCAUUCCAUUCACCAAGGACCUCCUGAGAAAGUAUCUGUUGCACCUGGUACGCAAAGAUUUCAUGUCUGGCAUUGCGGCUGAUGUGCUGCUACAUGCGGUGUACACUGAAUAUGUGUACAGGCACGGGACCACGUCACAUCACAAGAAGAGAAGGCAACAGCAACACAAGAUGAGCAACGGAACCAUGCCCUAUUACGAGAACAACUCUUCGGUGUUACCUGACAUUAGGACGCUUGGAAAGAUCAUUAGCGACAUCGAUCUGAAAGCCCCUUCCGUAAAGCUGGUGAAUCUGCUGACUCUUCACCCGUCUGUUUCAGUCUACAUGUAUGAAUUUGACUACGCCAGCUCAGAUGACGUUAUCGCUAACAAAUAUGUAGGUGCGAAAAAUUCGUGGGUAGCUCUCAAUAUCUAUGUCGAAACAUGCAUUCAGGAUUUGAAAAGUAUCUCGAAGGAGUCAAACCAUGCCGUUUUAUUAGCAGCCUGCUCGUAUUUGUUCCCUAAAGAUAGAGAGAAGAAUAAUAAUACAUUAGGUUCUUACCACGAAAGUGAGCUUUACUACAUAUUUGGGUUUCCUCACAUGAAUUUGAGCAAUGCUCUGAGACUGCCUGAAGACAAAGAAGUCUCUAAUAUUAUGAUCCAGCUUUGGACGGACUUUGCAAAACAUGGAAAUCCAACUCCAAGAGGCGUGAACGAGGAGAACAUGGUGAAGAAUUUCACUUGGAGACAGUACACAGAAGAGGAAGAUUGUUUCGCAACUUUGGGACUGCAACCUUUCGUGGCCAGAUCUUACGAGUCGGAAAGGAUGACCUUCUGGAACCACUUCGUACCUCUCUUUACUGAAUAUCCUAUUUUAAUUUCGCCCAACCACACCAAAAAUGUGCCGUUUGAAGAAUGUAACUUCACUUACCUCCUUACUUUUGCUGGGUGGCUGUUAGCUAUUAUCCUUUUGAUCCUGGUCCUGCAUCUGUGUUCUUGUAAAAUGUUUAAGAAUUUUGGUGUGAUGAAGAAAAUUCCAAUACCUGUUUGACAGAUGUAAGAGAAAAAAAAAAAGAAACACUUGUUUAUAUACAUUUAUCUUUACAAUUGUCGGUGACAACUUGGUCAACAAACAAGUCAUCUGUUAAUCAAAAACGAAAUGAUCCUGUUAAAUCCCGAUUUUGAUGGCUCAACAAUGAAAUCCCAGAAGUGCGUAUGAAAGCCAUACUCGCAUUACUCUUUGUAAAAAUAUUUUAUAUAACUUUUACUACAAUUUUUUAGAACUUUCGCAAUUGUUUUAAGAUUCUUACUAAUUUGUUGUAGUGAUAUUUUAAAAUUUUCUCUCUCUGACUUGAAUCAUCAAAAAAAAAGCACUAUAACUAGCAUGAAAGGAAAUGGAUUGUUGUUAUGAAGUUAUGAUAUAUUAACGUAUAUAUGUGUGUGUGAUUUCCAUUUCCAAAAAUCAAAUUCUUCAACUCGGAUGCAAAACCCUGUGAUGUCUGCUAGAUCGACUUUUCAAGUUUCUUGCUUGCAUUGUAUAUUUGCAUUGUUUCAAAGUGAUUCUCAUCAUUUCCAAUUUCUAUGCAAUGAAUUACGUGUUCCUGUAAUGAUGUGUGAUCAUAAUUAAAAUAUUCAAAGUUU